AUGGCACGUAGGUCGCCGUUGCUCUUGCUGCUGCUUCUUGUCACCGCCACAUGGCGCACGACUCCUGUGCAAGGCGCCGGGGUGAAUGGACUGAGCAGGGACUAUUACAGAGAUUCGUGCCCGCAGCUGGAGGAGAUGGUUCGACAAGCCGUCGUGGAUGAACAUCUCAGGCACCACUUCGUUUCUGCGCCGCUUCUUCGCCUCCACUUCCACGACUGCUUCGUUCAGGGUUGCGAUGGGUCUGUGCUGUUGAGGUCGACGCCGGGGAACGAGGCGGAGAUGGACGCGCCGCCCAACAUGUCGCUGCACGGCUUCGACCUCAUCGACCGCAUCAAGACGGCCGUCGAGCACACAUGCCCCGGCGUCGUCAGCUGCGCCGACAUCGUCGCUCUCGCCGCUCGCGAGGGCGUGCGAAUAGCCGGCGGUCCGUACAUCGCCACGCAGCUAGGCCGCCGCGAUUCGCGCGCGUCCAAGGCGUCGCUAGCGGCGAGGGUCCUGCCCGGGCACCGGAUGAGCAUGAGCGACCUGCUGCACAACUUCGCCGCCGCGAACCUCACGCUCCUCGACCUCGUCACGCUCUCUGGCGCGCAUACCAUCGGCAAGGCCAGCUGCAUGACCGUCGCGCACCGUAUUGCGCCCAACCGCGACCCCUCAAUGGCUGGGCCACUGCGGGAGUUGCUGAAUGGCCAAUGCAGAGCUCCCAAUGUCGACGGAAAGAUUCAUGUGCCCCUCGACAGCUCCAGUGGCUCGCGAUUCGACAACCACGCCCUGACGAUGGACGCGCGCACUCGACAGCUGGUGGAUCGCUUUGCUUCGGACAGGGAGAGCUUCUUCCGCCAGUUCCGCGAGUCCAUGGUGCGCAUGGGCGCAGCGGGCGUGCUCACUGGCGCCCAGGGGGAGAUCCGCCGCACCUGCAGCGCUGUCAACUGA